AUGACAAACGGUUCUCACAGCGGCAAUGCGUCCAACACAUUCGAGGCAUUCUACGAGGGCUGGCUGCAGUAUUACAACGAGAAAUCGCGACUUGGACAGCGGGAUGUUUUACUGGUUUUCUCGCCGACGUGGUAUACUUCCUACAAAAGGAGCCUGCUUUGGAUCGCCGGGUACAAACCGGGUAUCGUAUUCCGGCUCGUGACCGAGUCGGUGCCCGAUUUGAGCGACCAGCAGCGGGUCAGGAUGGCCCGACUGAGGGAGGCGACUCGGGUCGAGGAGCGAGCGCUCAACGACAAGCUCGCCAAGAUUCACGAGAGCGUGGCGGCGCCGCCGUUCAUGGAUGCGGUGAGGCGGUACGGGAGGGCCGGCCACAGGGAGAUCGUGAAGGACGACGCGGUGAUCAAGUCGCUUAAGUCAGCAUUGGAGACCGUGGUGGAAAAUGCCAACUUGCUGAGGACGACGAUGGGGACGAAGCUGGUGGAUUUGCUGAGCUCGGGGCAGGCAGUGAAAUUUUUUACGGCGAUGAUGCAGUUUCAGCUAAAGAUUCAGAGUUUGGGGUUAGAGAGGGACGCCGAGAAGCAGCGUGAAAUGAGCAGAGGCGGUGGUGGUUGGAGUCCAAUUAGUAGUAGGUGGUAG